UGCCUGUGGCGGAGCUCCGUGUGGACUCGGGGUCUCUCUGCGCUCCUGAACACCAACAAACCCCUCCGACAGCACAGCGCCUGUCUCAGCCCGCCGCGUUCACCUCGCUGACUUUCCGUGCACGUUCGUUUGUCCCGGUCCGGUCUGGUCCGGUCCGUGCAGCGGAGCAGCUCCCCGUUACAUCACCGAGCGGCCGCCGGUAGGAGGAGUCAACAGGUCCAGUGGAGGAGGACGUUCAAAUGCAGGAUCCAUAACGGCCGAGGAGAGAGACGGCCGAGGAGAGACAGAGCUGAGAAGGGAGACAGCUGAAGAGAUCGAUAGUCGAGGACAGAGACAUUCAAGGAGAUGGACUGCUAAGGAGAGAGACAGUCGAGGGGGAGAAAGUUGAGGAGAGAGACGUUUGAGGACGAGUGUUGGGUUAAUGGAACAGGGCCACUGUUUUUGAGGCAAAGUGGUUGCAGAGUGCAUGACCACUGAGGUCAGUCUUUGGAGCUGGAUCUUCUAGAAGCUCUUUGUUGACCCCACCUGUUCAGGUUCUACUCGGACUGUGGACGUUGGACGGGAUUUCUCCGUUUUUAUUCUGCUCCUCCUUUCUGUUGGAUGCUUUAAGGAGACUGACCGUUCCACUGACCCUCCUAUACCUGAGGCCCCUCCCACACUGUUUUCCGAUGGGGGCCGGAGCCCCUUGAAAUCCUCCUCCCCUGGCUGUCUUGGUGUGUUUGAGUUACUGUGGUGACCGGUCCAGCAGUGACCGGUCCAGUGGACAUGUCCGGUAAGGGUAACCCAAGCCCUCACCUGAACAGCUUUCCUGUCCCACACUUCUCCUACUUCUUUCCUCAUGUGCUGGGCAGCCUGUCGCCCCCCGCAUUGCCCACCCUGCCCAUCAGCGGAUACAGCACGCCCUCUCCAGCCACCAUAGAGACGCAGAGUACAAGUUCGGAGGAAAUUGUCCCAAGCCCUCCCUCUCCACCCCCACCACCACGGGUCUACAAACCCUGCUUCGUCUGCCAGGACAAAUCCUCUGGCUAUCACUAUGGCGUCAGCGCCUGUGAAGGCUGCAAGGGUUUCUUCAGGAGGAGCAUCCAGAAGAACAUGGUCUACACAUGCCAUCGAGAGAAGAGCUGCAUCAUCAACAAGGUCACCCGCAACCGCUGCCAGUACUGCCGCCUGCAGAAGUGCCUGGAAGUGGGCAUGUGCAAGGAGUCAGUGAGGAAUGACAGAAAUAAAAAGAAGAAGGAGGAGAAGAAGACGACGGAGUGUUCAGAGAGUCUGACGCUCAGUCCUGACACGGAGCAGAUGAUCGACAGAGUGAGAAAAGCCCACCAGGACACGUUCCCCUCACUGUGUCAACUGGGGAAGUACACCACGAGUAACAGUUCGGAGCGGAGGGUUUCUCUGGACGUUGAUCUGUGGGAUAAAUUCAGUGAACUCUCCACUAAGUGCAUCAUUAAAACGGUGGAGUUUGCUAAGCAGCUGCCGGGCUUCACCACGCUGUCCAUCGCUGACCAGAUCACACUCCUCAAAGCCGCCUGCCUCGACAUACUGAUUUUGCGGAUAUGUACGCGCUACACGCCGGAGCAGGACACCAUGACGUUUUCGGACGGUCUGACACUGAACCGGACGCAGAUGCACAACGCCGGUUUCGGGCCGCUCACCGACCUAGUGUUUGCCUUCGCCAACCAGCUGCUGCCGCUGGAAAUGGACGACGCUGAGACAGGGCUCUUGAGCGCCAUCUGCCUGCUGUGUGGAGACCGGCAGGACCUCGAAGAGGCCGAUAAAGUGGACGUCCUGCAGGAGCCCCUCCUGGAGGCUCUGAAGCUGUAUGUGAGGAAGAGGAGACCACACAAACCGCACAUGUUCCCCAAAAUGCUGAUGAAGAUCACUGACCUGAGGAGCAUCAGCGCCAAGGGUGCGGAGCGUGUGAUCACUCUGAAGAUGGAAAUUCCCGGCUCCAUGCCGCCACUGAUCCAGGAGAUGUUGGAGAAUUCCGAGGGUCUGGAGAGUUCAGGGGGCGGAGUCUCGUCUCGUCCCGCUGGCGCCCCACCCGGCAGCUGUAGCCCUUCCCUCUCUCCAAGCUCCGCCCAAAGCAGCCCGCCCACACACUCACCCUGACCACCGCUGUCGCCACGGCAACAGCCGCCUACCAACUACUGUGUUCCCUCAAGCACGCCCCACACACACUGAGCAGCCCGAGUGGACCUGAGCGGAGCCGUUUGGUUCUUCCUCCUGCUCUCCCUCUAUCCUCCUGUGGGGCGGCGCCAAGCCCUCUCUCGCCCUCUCUCGCCCUCUGCCUCUCUCGCUCUGCAUGCUCGUCUGUCGAAAGGCUUGCCGGACGAACAGAGGGACGAAAGCCGAGGCUAAAGAGAAGUGAACACAUUUGGGGAUGAAACGCCAAUUGUAGGGCCAUGCACCCCGAAGAGCGCGAGACGCAAAGAGGAGAAGGUGUGUGUGAGGACUAACAGGACGGACUCAGAGAACCCGUGUGAACUUUUCUUCUUUUCGUUUCUUGUUUUUAUUUUUUAUUUUUUUUUUUGUUUACAUUUUUUUUUUCUUCUCACUCGGACACCUCAGGCCUGGACUGCAGAUAAAUGAUUGAGCUGGCCUGACCUUUUCCAACUUCCAAGAGACAGAUUUUUUACAAAAAAUAUAUAUAUAAAUAUAUAUAGAGAGAAAAGCAGGAAUGAUUGUGAUCAAGUUGAAAAAUAGCAAAACAAACAAACAAAAAGAAGCGGACUCCGAUAGUAGAUGUGGUUGAAUUUCUUCACUGAGGUUUUUUUUUUUUCUCUUUUUAUGACCAUUAGAGGAGAAGAAAAGAAGAAUGAAGAGAGAUUUUGAUGUUUAUUGCCGACUGUGGAUGAUGAUAAUGUUUUUCAUGGACACAAAAACAUUGGAAAAAAAUUAAUUUACACUCACAUAAAUUGUGCACAAAAGAAAUGACAUAAACUGUGGUCAAAAAAUAA